CUGAACUUAAAUCUUUUUUUAAAUCUUUUUUAUUUCAUUCUCUAUUUUCUUCAUCGACUUCCAAUCUCGAUUCUCUCUCAAGCAACCCUUCUCUUCCACAACCUCGAGAGCGGGCGACGACUUCCCGAUCUCUUCUCAGAGAAGGAGAUUCCGUGGCCAGGAUUGAGAGUCGUCAGGAGCUGUUUUCGAAUUCUUCACCUCAGCAUCGUCUGGCAUCCAGGUGAUCAAUCCGAUGGCCUCCAGGCUGGGAACAGAGUGCGGCUUCUAUGGUUUUUCGAUGCAGAUCCGAGAGUUGAUUUCCGCGGACGUCCAGAUGAAGAUCGUGGAAACAUGUUUCCACUUUUUAAUGAAAUUGCGACUAGUGGAAAGGCAUUGGAAGGAGUUAUAGGUUGAGCUUGCUGAAGCUUUGAAGGCAAAGACCAAACCAAACAUCAUCUGCAAGUGGCCCUAUAUGUGUAAUGCUCAUUUCAGUCCCUGAUCAGAGAAGCCAUGAACUCACUAUGAUCGCCUCGCUUCAUUAUCCUCACCUGGCUCACAUCCCAUUGUUGUCACUCCCAGCAACGAGUGCCAACAUCCGAGCGAGAAUGACUCAAUGACCUAUGCCUGAGCUGCAAAGCAAGUGUUCUGCAGCCAAUUCGUGAACAAACACAUGGUGGAGCACCAUCAACGGAUGAAUCGCCCCAUAGUGCUUAACAGUAGUGAUUUAUCAGUGUGGUGUUUAUCCUGCUAUGCAUAUUUGGAUGUACUGGUCAUUCAAGUGUUGCAGGUUGCUCAAUUAACUACAUAUGUGCUGAAAUUGAGGGAAACUCCUCCACUCCCUUGUAAUGAGUAUAUGCAUCUGGAAAAUAGUAAGCUUGAGAUUUGCAUCUCUGGAAACCGAUCUAAUUGAUCUUUAUUCAAGGGAUUUAGCUAGGAUGUGCUGAAAUAAAUGCUGUUAAAGACAUUUGUAAUUCAUGUACUCUGCAAGCCUGCUUACACGAAGUACUAUAUAUGAUAACAUAAUGUAUACGAAGUAUAUAGAAAGAAAUUUAGCUAAGAAGUGCUAUAUAUGUACUCUCCAAGUCUGCUUAUAGGUUAUUUGUAAAUGUAUAUUAGAAAAGGAUCUUGUCUGUACACUCCUAUAUACUGUAUUACAUAAUGAUAACUGUCAUUCUAAUCAUGAGUAUGAAAAAACGAAUUUAAAUGUGUG